AUGCCUCUCAAAGCCGCAAACAAACUCGGUAAGGGGUAUGCUUAUGCCUCUUCUGGAGACGAGUUCGAGACAUUACUUGGUAACUCCCCAGGCGUAGCCUUACCAGCUGUUCCGAUCGCAAACUCCUGGAAUUAUGGUGCUCAAACAACAUCAGCUUUGCCCACCCAGUCCCCAGUAGAUCCAAACGUUGGCCCAGUCCACAUUGCCAAAAGGAUCGAGGCAGGUAUUGAGAUUGCACAGAAACGAGACUCGCCAAGCCGACAACGAAGACAAUCCGAGAGGCGGACUCGGCGAAAAAGGGAGCCCACCCCCGAUCAAACCCAGCUCCAGCAGGAUCUUGACGGAUUCGCAUCACCUACUCCUUCACCUCCUGUCCGGAAUUCAGUAUCUACAGAUUCAAGUCCUGAGGAAGAACCGCCUCGUCAACGUCGCUUGUCAGUCAUGUCGAACGAGCCAUUAUAUCCGUCACCGCUUCAGCGCGCUGGGGACCGUCUGAAUGGUGCUUCUGUCAGGAGCAGCCCUGAUCGUGAAAGUUCGGUAGACAAUGUAUCUGAACUGUCAUGGGACCUGGAACGCGAUAUCCACGGGGAUGAUCUGCAACGAACCCGGCCAAGCAAAUACCGUGGUGAACGUCACGGCAAGAACAUCACUAAGCCUCCUCGUCGUCCCUCUGGGCUUGGCCUGGCCAUGACCCAGGAAACAAUUGAAGAGGAGGAAGAGCCAUCUUCGGAGGAGGAAGAACCAGCAGAAUCAGAAUCAAAAUCAGAAUCAGAAGAGGAUGACGACGACGAGGAGAAAGUCGAAGAAGCCGAGGAGGUUGCCAUAGAACCAGAUGCUGAACCUGUUCCCAGCUCAUGGACCGCACCAGUGCGGACAAUUAUUCCUUCAAUCUUCCGACGCUCUCAAUCUGCCGAAGCCAUAUCCGAAUUGGAAUUUUCUAAAUCGCCCCAGCCGCCCAAAGAUAGUCUAUCUCGACAAUGGUUCCCUUCAAUCAGACCGACGAGCCGCGAUGGUCAGCCCCCAAAGCCAACGUCAAAGUCAAAUCGCACCAACUGGAUCAGAACUGGUCUUGUCUUGUUGCUCUCGGUGGCUCUUGUAUUUGCACUCCAAGGGGGUCUUUUGGCUGCGCUUCCACAUGAUAUAAUGUCGAAACUUCGCUGGUCUAUGCCUUUCGGCCAACCCCGAAUCAAUUUACCUCCAAAUAUCACCGAAUCCGAAAUAUUCCACGGCUUCACAGACCAGGUUUCGAAAAUGAACACUCAAAUCUCGUCCAUUUCACGCGAGCUUAGCAGUGUUCGAUCAGAACAUGCCAACGCCCCUCGCCCUAGUGACAUUCAUGUUCCAAUCGUCGUGAGCCCGCGGCAUCCACCUAAAAUCAACUUCCUAUCCCCAGCCAUGGGAGCGAUAAUCGACCCAGCCAACACCGCCCCCACCGCUAGCGAAAACCAUCCCUCCUACUACAAGCGUGUCGUGAUGAGAAUGUUCCGUCUCGGUGCCAACUUUGGUCGAGGCCCUCUCCCUCCCGUGGCUGCUCUGUCACCAUGGGAAGAAACGGGAGAUUGCUGGUGCAGUACACCUCGUGAAGGAGUAUCCCAGCUCGCGGUCCUGCUUGGCCGUGAUAUCGUUCCUGAGGAGGUGAUAAUCGAACACGUCCCCGCCAGCACCACCCUCCAUCCAGACUCAGCACCUAAGGAAAUCGAAAUGUGGGCGCGCUUCCGCGUCAUUCCCCUGGACCAAGAAGAUAACACCAAGGGGUCCUGGUGGCCAUUGUCCUCAAAGAAGAGAACCCGACCCGUAGACCCCCCAUCCGCUCGAGAAGAAGGACUCGGGGGUUACAAUAUCCCCGGCGAGAAAUCGCUGCACGAUGUGCUCAUGAGCUCCCUUCGCGUCUCGAACGCCUUCGAUCCCGAAAACAGCUACUCAGACGACCCUGUCCUCGGCGCGAACUUCUACCGCGUCGGGAAGAUGGAGUAUGAUAUUCACAGCGAGUACAAUAUCCAGCGGUUCGCGCUUAACGCCAUCGUUGAUAUCCCGACUGUCCGGGUGGACAAGGUGGUUUUCAGAGUGAAGUCGAAUUGGGGCUCUGAUAUUACCUGCAUCUAUCGGAUUCGGCUGCAUGGGCAUCUUUGA